AUGUCAAAGGUAGUAAAUCCUCGUUGUAUUAUCCAUAUAAAUGAUUUACCAAGUUUCAUACUAAAAUAUAUAUUUUCGUUAUUAAAUCCUUAUGAUGACUUUGACGCUAUCCAACUUGUUUGCCGCUACUGGUAUGAGAUUUCAGUAAAAACAGUUGUUUCGCUGAAAAAAGUUUUCGAUCGAUGUAACCAGUUUAAAUGGAGCGUCUAUGAACCAGAUCUUCAUACAGGGCCAUUUCUUGCUGAACGUUGUUCGCAGUCUUCGUGCUAUCAUGCCAAAAGCAAAAUGAUGUACAUAUUUGGUGGAUGUACAGCUGCAUAUACAGCAUUUAAUGAUUUAUGGGCAUUCGAUCUUAGUAGAUAUACAUGGUCAAGAGUGCUAAUUAAAAAACCACCAUUUCCUAGCCCAAAAGCUUUGGCAACAUUACUUGCAUAUAAAGAUAAUUUGCUUCUCUUUGGUGGAUUUUCGAAAUCGUCGCCAAAUCCAAUUCAUCAGACAUCAUCAUUUUACAAUGAAUUGCAUCUUUUUGAUACUGAAAAGAACCACUGGGUCGAGCUUAUUACUGAAAAUUCGGUUCCAAAAUUGGCCAGUCAUACAGCUUCUAUUAUUGGUGAUUCAAUGGUUGUUUUUGGAGGAUCAAUGGGAAAUUGUUCUACAAAUGAAGUUUGGGUGCUUGAUAUUCCUGGUCGAAUGUGGUUGCAACCGCAAAUUGCAGAAGGCAGUCGUCCAGCUCCACGUUAUGGGCAUUCUCAAAUAAUGCUUGAUGAAAAUCACUUGGUUAUUCUUGGAGGUUGUGGUGGUCCAAAUAUGAUAUACAGUGACUGUUGGAUGCUUUCAUUCGAUCUUUCAUUGUCAACUUCUUGGAUUUGGCAAGAGAUAAAAGUAACAAAUCCAAAGAUGUCUGCUCCUCAUCUAUGGAGCCAUGCUGCAUGUCGUGUCGGAAGUAAUAUGCUUGUUUUAAGUAGACCUCUGAAAAGUGAAUGCGCAACUUUUCGGCAUAAUUCUUUGACAGUCGACCAUAUUCUGGUUCAGUACUUCAGAGUUAUGCCAUACCUCUAUCUAACUAACUUUUUAAGAGAAAUGCGAACGCGAUCUAAGCCUACUCCAAUAAACGUUAGAACAGAAUUAUUGAGUGAACGUCGCGUUGCUGAAUCUGUUGCAUUGCGUAGACAAAGCUCUUCCAGUCCAAGCUCAUCCUCACCACCAAGUUGUGAUAGAAAUAAGAUAAACUUGGAACCAAGUUCAGCUGAUCGUUUAUCAUGCACUAUUAUGCGGCGGAAAUUGUUAACCUCAAAAUCUCUUGAUAAGCAAGUAUAUUUUUUUGAAUAG